UUUCCAGGACGGUAUGAGGCGGGUGGACUACAUCCUCACUUACCACAUCAAAAAGAGCAGCAGUUCCCGGCAGCACACAUCAUCUCCUCAGAGGACAACGCCUUCACCCCCGCACCCUGCGGAAGGGGGCGAGCGCAACCUGCGCGCCGCAGCCAGAGAGGAGACUAAAGCCGCUCGCCCAACCUCUGCAUGGACCACCACGAUGACGACAAGUGCUUUAUGGCGCGAGGAGUUUCGAGAGAUAACCUGGUGGAGAUGGGCCUGGAGCUGGAACGGGAUGAGGAGACCAAGACUCCUGGGGUGGGCUUUGUGAAGAUUCAUGCUCCGUGGAGCGUUCUCUGUCGAGAGGCUGAAUUCAUGAAACUGAAGAUGCCUACCAAAAAAGUGUAUGAAGUGAAGCACAGCAGUGGAGUAAUGGAAAAGAUCAAUGUGUUCAUCAGCAAACUAACAGAUCCUCUUCAUCCAAACUUAGAAGAAAACAGGACGCAGAAAGUGAAGCACCUCUCGUACCCGUUCUCCAGGGAAAAGCAGCAUCUGUUUGAUUUGUCUGACAAAGAUUCCUUUUUUGACAGUAAAACAAGAAGUUUGUUAGUAUUUGAAGUUUUGAAGCGAACCAAGUGCACAAAAGCUAAAUUUAGCAUGGGAAUAACUAGUCUGCUUGGGAGCGGUGUUUAUUUGGCUGCUUAUCCAUUACAUGAUGGUGAUGUUGAUGGGGAAAACGCAGAGCCAAAUGACAGAAAGCUGCUGUAUGAAGAGUGGGCCAGCUACAGUGUCUUUUAUAAGUACCAGCCCACUGGUUUAAUCAGGAAGUACUUCGGAGAGAAGAUCGGUCUGUACUUUGCUUGGCUUGGCGUUUACACCCAGAUGCUGAUCCCUGCUUCCUUAGUUGGGGUCAUUGUGUUCCUCUAUGGAUGUCUUACUGUUGAUGACGACAUUCCCAGUGUGGAGAUCUGUGACCAGCGGCAGAACAUCAGCAUGUGUCCACUGUGUGACCGCGUGUGCAGCUACUGGAACUUGAGCACGGCGUGUGGGACGGCCCGGGCCAGUCAUCUGUUCGAUAACCCUGCCACCGUCUUCUUCUCUAUCUUCAUGUCCCUGUGGGCGGCGUUCUUCAUGGAGCACUGGAAGCGGCGGCAGAUGUGUCUCAACUACGAGUGGGAUCUCACAGGGUUUGAGGACGAGGAGGAUCACCCACGAGCUGAAUAUGAAUUCAGAAUCAUGCAGAAAUCACUGAAGAAAGGCCAUAACUCACAGAAGCCAGAGAGAGAAAAGCUGACAUGUAGAGACAGAUUUCCUGCGUAUAUGAUGAACCUCAUCAUGAUGCUUUUAAUGAUCGGUGUGACGUUUGCGAUUGUGUUUGGUGUGAUUCUGUACCGGAUCUCAACAAAAGCGGCUCUGGCUAUGAGCUCAAACCCCAUGACGCGCUCCAGUGCCAGACUGACGGUCAAAACCACCGCGGCCAUCAUAAACCUGCUGGUCAUCCUCAUCCUGGACGAGGUGUACGGCGCCGUCGCACGCUGGCUCACUCUUCUCGAGGUUCCUAAAACAGACAAGAGCUUUGAAGAAAGGCUGAUCUUCAAAACCUUCAUCCUCAAGUUUGUGAAUGCGUUCACUCCCAUCAUAUACAUCGCAUUUUUCAGAGGCAGACUCGGGGGCCAUCCCGGGAGUUAUCUCUAUGUGUUUGAGUCCUAUCGCAUGGAGGAGUGCGCUCACGGUGGCUGUCUCAUGGAGCUCUGCAUUCAGCUCAGCAUCACGAUGCUCGGCAAACAGCUCAUCCAGAACAACCUGUUUGAGAUCGGCGUCCCUAAACUGAAGAAGCUGAUCAGAUUCAUUAAAUCCCAGAGAGGUUCUUUCCAGGAAAAGGAAUAUGAGAAGAAGUUACAGCGUUAUGAGACGGAUCAUUUCCUGGAGCCCUUCGCUGGCCUCACGCCCGAGUACAUGGAGAUGAUAAUCCAGUUUGGCUUUGUGACUCUCUUUGUGGCAUCUUUCCCACUGGCGCCUCUGUUUGCCCUCCUGAACAACAUCAUUGAAAUCCGUCUUGAUGCCAAGAAGUUUGUGGCAGAACUCAGAAGACCAGAUGCAGCCAGAGGCAAAGACAUCGGGAUCUGGUAUAAUAUUCUCAGAGGAGUCACAAAAGUGGCAGUUAUUGUCAAUGCGUUUGUGAUCUCCUUCACGUCAGACUUUGUUCCACGGCUGGUCUAUCAGUACAUGUACAGUCCAGAUGGCUCGAUGCACGGCUUCGUCAACCACACGCUGUCAUACUUUAAUGUCAGUCACUUCCAGAACGGCACUGCCCCACUGGAGCCUUUCCACCUGGGCUUUCACGUGGACAUCUGCAGGUACAAAGACUACAGAGAUCCUCCGUGGUCUGAGACACCGUACGAGAUCUCCAAAGAGUUCUGGGCUGUGCUGGCCGCCAGACUAGCGUUUGUCAUUGUCUUUCAGAAUGUGGUGAUGUUGAUGAGUGAUGUUGUGGACUGGAUCAUCCCAGAUAUUCCCAAAGACAUCAGCUUACAGAUCCACAAAGAGAAGAUCCUCAUGAUGGAUCUGUUCAUGAAAGAGGAACCGGGAAAGACACGGCUAGAGGAGACGAGUCCCAGUCCUCACAGAAACUACUAACAGCAGCAGCCUCAGAGUCUCCAUCGUUACAUUCCACUGACGAGCCCCUGGGUCUCAAACAAAGCCUGUCCCACUUCUUCAGUGUGCUUGUUCUCUUUCAGUGAAUGCUGCGUUACACAUUCUAACCCUACAGGAGUAUGUGAACAAAACACUUCUGUCUGUGUGAGCUCGAUUUUGUGCAUCAUUGUAUCUGAUUCAUUAUGCAACAGUUUCUUAGCUCUGCUGGAUGCUGGAGCACUGCAUGUGGUCCUCUGGUCAGUAAUAGUCCAGUGAUCCUGGACAGGUGUGUUUAAUGAAGGCUGUGCGGCUCAAGGGCCAGAGAUGCUGUCUUCUGUGUUGUCUUGCAGGUCAGUUAUUGUCAUGGUAAAACAGUUUGAAGAAAUCGUGUUGAGCAAGUUAGUUAAACUUACUGAAGAACAUAUCCAACGCAAUGACGGACACAGUUAUAAGAUCGAAACAGCUCUAUCGCCCCUUGAAUGCUAAGGUUUGUUUGAACCAUAAAAAAGGCUGUUAGAUUUUUGACUGAAAUGUGAUAUUUCCUUGUGAUUCUGAUUUUCAAUCCUAAAGGUGAUUGAAAAUAUCUACUGCCCCCUGUUAUAACAAAGCCUAAAUAUGGAAGAAGUUGUAAGAAGUUAUAUAAACUUUUUCAAUCAUUUGAACAAUUUGACGUCAAAACAUAAUCAGAGCGCUCACUGAAAAUUAGAUCCUAAUUUUCAUGACAUGACAUAUUUGGAAUUUUGAAAAGAUUUAAAGUUAUUUGUUCUUCUGUAUUCAAGCUGUUAGAUGGGCUCCAUCUCAGAAAAUAACCUUAAUCUCCUCUGCUUUCAUUUCUUUAAUCAAAUGUACCUCGAUAUUUCAUGGUUUCAGUGUUAUGUUAUGGCUAUUUUUGUAAUGCUUUUACAUUUUUCAAGAGAUUCAAGAUUCAAGAUUCAAGAUCAAGAUUGAAUCUUGAAUCUUGAAUCUAUUUUUGUAAUGCUUUUGCAUUUUUGUACAUUUGAUGCUUCUCAUAUUUAAUGGUGCCUGAUAAUCAUUGAGAAUAAUCAUUGUCUGUACGCUGAGCAAGCAUUGACGCCGUGGAACAUAUUUCAUAAGACUUUAUAAUUCUCAUUCACAUUGUGUUCAUAGAGUGUAACUGUCAUGUUCGUCAGCUGGAGUGCCCAUGAACUCCAGUAGAGGGCACUCCACU